AGAACUCGCCGAUAAUCUUCACAUCGCCUUUUAGGCAAUCAACAACAUGUCCUCCCUUAAUUCACUCAUGCCCUCUGCGGCUAGAGGUAUCCUCUCGUCAUGUCGGACGCCUCUUCGACAAGGCCCAAUGGCCAGCCCGUUCUUAAUGAGUUACCAGCAGGUUCGCGGAGUGAAGAACAACCCUCAGGCACGAGGGAAAAAGGACAAGGAGAAGGCGGCCAAGAAGUCGAAAAAGGGUGCUAGAGAGUUUCAGCAGAAGGAUUUGAAGGAUAUUCAGCAGUUUGCGCUCUGCGAUGCUGUCAGAUAUAUUCGUGCAUUCGAAGUCGGCCGGGAGCCGACUAGCUCCAAAUACGAAAUCCACAUCCGCUUGAAGACCAAGAAAGACGGCCCCGUUAUUCGUAACAUGCUCCGAUUCCCCCAUUCCGUUCAAACAGAGUCCCGAAUCUGCGUCAUCUGCCCACCCGGAUCAAGGCAUGAGAAGGAGGCUCGCGCGGCAGGAGCAGUUCUGGUUGGAGAGCAGGAUGUAUUCGAAGCUGUGAAGAGCGGUAAGAUCGAGUUCGAUCGUUGUAUCUGUCAUCCGGACAGUUUGGAUGCAUUGAACAAGGCUGGACUGGGCAGGAUUCUCGGUCCUCGAGGCUUGAUGCCAAGCGCAAAAACGGGCACAGUGGUGGAAGAUGUGGCUGCUCGGGUUGAGAUGCUUCGUGGAGGUACUGUAUACAGAGAGCGUGAUGCCGUUAUUCGACUGCCUAUCGGGCAAUUGGCGUUUACCCCGGAACAGCUGCGUGACAACCUACGUGCCACCCUUGAGCAAAUCAAGAAGGAUGCUGCUGGUCUCAAUGACCGCAUAACCAAGGAGAUUUAUGAAGUGGUGUUGAGCUCGACCAAUGGCCCCGGAUUCAGUCUGAACGGAGAGUUCAAGUCUGAUGACUCUCCAGAUACCACCGCUUUGAGUGGUUUGUAAACUAGCCUUUCAAUCACUGCUGUAUAGAUAUGUUUCAUUAGGAAGGAUACGGUGUAUAAUGGUAUUUAUUUCAAACACAUUUUAAGCAUUGAACGCCAACGCUAUGCAAAAUGAAAAAAAAAAAAAAAAAAAAUUAUAAUAAAAAAAC